AUGAACUGUUCGUAGGAAUAUCGAUCAUGUCAAGUCUGAUAGCAACCAAAGUAGUUGUAGCGGUAUUGUUUGGGAUCAUCAGAUUCAUCUCCGGUAUAUUACCAAUAAAAAUUCAUUGUUUUUUGAAAAAAUGGGAGGGAGGUGAAGAUGGUGUCAACUUCAUAAACGACAGGCGACAUGCUCAAGUUACUUGUGUAAUGGCUUGCUGCCAAUCUUUUGGUGGAGGCGUUUUAUUCGCAACUUGCUUCUUACACAUGAUGCCAGAAGUGUACUAUUCGGUAGAGCAAUUGAAAAAAUAUGGACAUUUGAAUACACGGUAUCCUAUGAGUCAAUUAACUAUAUCCUGUGGUUUCUUCCUGAUAUACUUUCUGGAGGAAUUGUCUCACUGGUUUAUCAGUAAAGUUCCAGCAGAUUCCAUAAAAAAAUCAGAACUUUCCACGAAUAGAGUGUCUCCAGUUGAGAAUGGAAUUACUAAAACAGCCUUUACGACUCUAGCAAAAGAAAACUAUAUCAAUCAAAAUCAAGCAGUUAUUCCUUACAACGGCUCUAGUUUCAUAGAUCCAGACAUUUCAAAUAGAAAUACAAGGGCAUCAUCCCCAUCAAUAUCAGAAAAAAGUGUGCAUUCAAGAAUAAAUCAGGAUAUAGAUGAUCUUAAGGAGGCGAAAGAACUGGAGACAAUGUUGAAUAAUGUAGGACCUAAAUCGCAGCAGCAAAUCAUUAGAUGUAUUCUCGUCGAACUGGCUCUUUCCCUUCAUGCAAUUUUUGAAGGUCUAGCUAUUGGCUUACAAAGUUCUGUGGGAAAUAUAUGGUAUCUCUUCACAGCAGUUUCAAUCCAUUCAGCUACUAUCCUUUUUUGUAUCGGUGUUGAAUUAGUCCUAGCUAAAACUAAGAAGAGUGUGAUGAUAUUUCAUUUCUUUAUAUUAGCCAUUGCUAGUCCGUUUGGUGUGUUUGUUGGUCUACUGAUUACUUUGAGAUCUAAUAUGGAUACAGAAAUCAGAUCUGCUGCUGUUAUUCUACUGGAGGGAUUAUCAGCAGGUACAAUUUUAUAUAUAACUUUCUUUGAAGUUUUGAAUAGAGAAAAAGAAAGACGAGUUUAUAGAUUUAGAAGAGCACUUUUUAUUGUGGGAGGAUUUAUUUUAAUGGCUUUAUUGAAAUGUGGGGAAACAUAUCUGUGAUCGAAAAACUUUUUUCAACUGCAUAUCGGCUUAUUAGUUCAAUAUCAAAGAGCUUUGAAUAUAUAGUCUAGGAAAACUGAUAUGUUUCAGAUAAUUCAAUAUUUUCAUUGAAUAUUAUUUUUGGGAUUGACCUAUAGAAACGCCUUCUCAUUAUUAUAUUUUCAUUUAUCAGUACUAUGGAAGGUCGUAGACGAAAUUGUUGAACAAUUAUUUUUCUUCGAUCUCAAAAAAAAUAUGGUUUUAUCAAUUUUCAAUUAUUAACAUUAUAGUAGUUUUUAAAAGUCAACCUUUGAAGACGAUUUCAAAGAAUGUCACUACAAAUAGUGUAUACCUACUUCAAUUUAUUUUCUUUUGUUAUUUUACAAUUAGAAAAAUAAUUAUUUCAUCAAUAUUUUGUAAAUAAUUAGGCAUAGGUACAAGGCUCGCGCCAUGAAGUGAGAAUUUUAUACCCGCAUAUGGGUGUAAUAUGCAUUAUUAUGAAAUGGCAAUUGAACAAUAAAAUCACAGUAACAAACCAUGAGAUAUUCGAUUUAAUGUUAAUAAUUUAAUAUACACAUAGAAUUGAAUUAUUAAUAGAUUUAAUUUAGGAUAGUUGGGGAUAUUGCUGACCCAGAAUAUACAGGGUGUCCACUUGGAAAAGUCAAAAACUUCAAGGCGAGAUUCUA